AUGUUUCAAGUAUACAUUAUUCUAUCUUAUAUUCUGAUCAAUAUAUUUCAAACAAAUCUUUGUUCAGCAAGUUUAUUAUUAGUUGAUCGUAAAAAUCCAUGUCGCGCAUAUGGAAAUGCUUCUGUAUAUGAUAUUACAAAUCUUGUCAAAGAAUGGCCUAUUACUCUUCAAGGACCAGGUUUUGGUGCUGGUGAAUAUAAUUAUUGGUGGAGUUGUGCUGGCAAAACACGGUAUUGUGAAGAUAUAGAUACUGCUGUAUGUCAACAACGUAUCGACGGAAGUCCGGUACGAUUUAAUACUGGUAACGUCUCUCCUCAAUUAUGGUUUGGUCUAUUUAAUGGUGCCGCAUUUCAAACUAAUCUAACAUGGGAUAUAAUGUAUCCAAAUCUUCAAUCAGAUCCAAAACUUAUUGAUGGUACUGGUAUUCGUGUUACAAUUGUUCAUUUUAUUGUUGAUCCAAACAUUGACAAACCUUUAUUUACAAUGAAUGGUGAAAAUAAAUAUACAGAAUAUUCGAUUACAGUUCGUGGGAAAUGUAUUGGACAACCAGCAGUUAACCAGACGACUUUUGUACAAGGAUAUUGUGAUCCACAAACAGGACAAGUUGUACCUGCCCAUCAUUGA